CCAACACUUUGGGCUCUCAGUCGCUAAAGUUCGCUGCAUCGAGUCACAACUAAAAACCCAAGGGUUCAAAAUUUCAGGUCAGAGACAUUUUUCGUCUCUCUCUCUCACUCUCUCGCUCGCUCUCUUUCUCACUCACUCUCUCUCUCUCUCACUCCCACCAUCAUCGUUUUUCGAUCCUCCGCCCGUGGUUCUCUAAACGCAGCAAAUAUAACUAACUUUCUUACAUUACAUUCUUUAUUUUUUCUCCCCAAAGAAAAAAAAGAAACAACAAAAUUUUUCCAUCGUGCUCGAUAAAUUGGAAGAAUUUAAAAAAUUCUAGCAACAACAAACAAAAAGCAAAGUUUAGUGAUUAUAAUUUAUCAACAGAGAGAGAGAAAAAAAAAUAUUCCUUAAAAUCGUGAGGCGCAAUGAGCGUCGGCCACGGUUAAAUAAACGGUUUUGCCGUCGGAACGGGGUUGGGUCUCUCUCGCCUCUCCUCACUCUCUCUCUCCAUGAUACCACCUUAGUGACAGUGAUGAGUGUUUUUUUUUCAAUUGUGUCACACCUUAUAAUCGUGAUUGAAUUGGAAAAACUACGUGACUACUGUGAAUUAAUUACGCCCCUGAAUUAUCCUGAUUACGUAUUAAACCUGGAGAGAAAAUCACACCGACAACAAGAUGACAGGUCCGUGGUAUUGGCUGGUGCCUAAAUGGUGGCUCUGAGAGGGGUCCUAAGGAAGCAUGAGGGAACGAACACCCUCUGCCGAUGACACCCCAAAGAGGGCCCCACCGGCGCCACCUAGAGAAGCAGACGUUGCAGGCAACAAAGCGACAAGAGGUCAAGCGGAAUUUUACCACUCUCUAGGACUUUCAUCGACGACCAAUUGCAAAAUGGUAGCGUCAACUAAUAAUUUAGAGGAUCUUGGAAUCACUCAUCCAUCGAGUGCAAGCACCGAUACUCGUCAACAGCAACAACAACAACAACAACAACAGCAACAAACUCAUGCUUGCAGAUCAGUUCCAACAGCGCAGGACAAACGCAGUCGACUCAGUAAUGUGAUAAAUAAUCUCAGAAAAAAAGUACCUGAGACUAAAUGUGAGUCAUCAACCUGCACGAAGGAAGACGAUCGAAAUUCUGUUGAACGAAAUUUAGAAACACUCGAAAAAUACGUAAUGACUGUACUAAACGAAGUAAUAAAAGACGAAGAGGAAAAAGAGCGAGAAACAACAACUCUCGUCGAGAAAUUCACCUCAUCAUCAAACGAAGAGGAAAGCAAUAACACAAAUGGUUCGCCGGUCAAAAAAGGAGACAAUUCCAAAGACUGUGAAAAUAGACUCGUCGAACCAUUUACACCCAUAAGUGAAAAGCUAUUUAACAAAGGGACCAAUGAAAAUCAAGAGUCCAACAGGGAUUCAACCAAAAUUCAAAAAAACACCUCUACCCCAAAGGAUGAACAAUCCGAGGAGGAGAAAAAAUUCCCCAAUAAAGAAGAACACCGAACACUUGGUGCAAUCAUAAUGGAAAGGUUAACCGAUCCAGAGACAACAAAAACACCCCAAGAAGAGUCUCGGAAUAAUGUUUGCCGUGAACUUUUGGACGAUCUUCUAAACGACGUUCUCCAAACAGUUCAGAAAAAUGUUGACACAAAAAUUGAUGUUAAUGCUAAGGAUAAUAAAAAAAUUGAGAAUUUACCCACAAGUCUUCAUUGUAGUUUACCAUUAGAGAAGGUUGCAUCUGUACUUCAAACUUGUCAAACGCAAGAUGUCGAAAAUUCCCCACCGAUUAAGACAAGCACUAAAGUAACAUCGCCGACAGUUCGUCAUCUUUGUCUCUAUUGUGAUCGUAAAUUCUCAUCAAUUUCGCUGAGACAAAGGCACACUGAACGUGUACAUCAAUUUAAGGGUGGAAGACGUUCGGAGAGAAAUUCACGAAAACCAUCGCAAAACUGCCAGUACUGCUCGGAAAAAACUGUCGACAAUUUGGAUACACUUUUUCAACAUAUGAUUGGAAUGCACGGCGAUAAAUAUCACGCGUGUCUUCAAUGUGUCACUCGAUAUCUAUCAAAAGAGGCUCUCACCAAUCAUAUAAACGAGGUUCACAAUAGGACCACUACAACACAACAGGAGAGUGUUAAAGAAACUGUCAAGGAAUUGGUACUAACAAAAAAAGAAUCAAAGGAAAAGAAAAACGACGAUGAAUCCGAAUAUCGUGAGAACAAUACAACACUAAUCGGCAUCACUCCAAUAAAUAAAGAACCAACAAAUCCCGCGAGUUCCGAAUUUGAUAGUUCAUUCUACAGUAGCGUGAGUUGUAAUAUUCGUGAAAAUCUCCUACAUCAUUUAGAUGGAAAACUCGAGAUAAAUUCCACUUCCCAAAAUUCUUCCUCUUCCACAUUAGAUGUAAAAUCCCCAACAACAUUAUAUGAACAAUCACAAGUUCAAUUUCCCAUUGAUAUUUCCCUCACGGCCGUGACGCCCGUCUACAAUAAAGAAUAUUCAACCGAAAAAUUGGAGAAUUCAAGUGAAUAUGCACAGAAGCCGAGAAAAAAUUUUAAAUCACACCCAAGGAGGGUGUCAUUUGAAAAAUACAAUUUCCCCCGCAAAUACGAUGGUAAAGAACAAUGGAGUUGUUCAAUAAAAGAUCUAAGUAAAUUUGAUAUAUCAACGCAAUUGUCCUUAAGAAAAAAGCAGCAAUUAAUCAAAGAACGUGAUAAUUUAAAUAGGCUGAAUCAAAUACAAAACAAUACAAAUUCAAACAAUUCAGAAAUUGUUCAACAAGAAUUUAUCGAGUCAAAUUCAAUUUCUAGUCGUGUUGAUAAUAGUGACGAUAAUACCAAAGUUGAUAAUAAAGAAAAAAUUGUUCAAUUCAAUGAAAUUCAAAAUAAAAUAAUAGAGACUAGUUCAAAGUCUCAUGUAUCAGAAGACGAUUCAACAAUUGAAUUUGCCCAUUAUCUCAGACUAAGAAAAUUGAACGAGGGGAGUGAAAAUAAUCCGAGCGGAAAUAAUGUUAAUUACGCUGAACUCACUGGCGAAUGGUCCAGACCACGAAUCUACAUAUGUAGAGCCUGUGCGGCAAAAUAUGAAACCCUGAAGGAAAUGGAAGACCACAAAAUAGCGACGCAUCCAAAUGUGUGGUGUUCUCAUUAUGAAUUCGCUGGUGAUCAACUAGAACUCUACAAGCAUCUCAUUCUGCCGGAGAGAAAUCAAGCGACCGCAAAAGCCAAUGCAGUGUCUCUCGAAAAAUCUUGUACAAAGUGCUCGAAAAAUUGCAGUACUUUGGCUGAAUUCCAUAAACAUAUGCUCGAAUGUGGUGGCGAUCAGGCUUGGCUACUUGGACUCUUUGGUAAUGGAAAGAAGAAAUGCAAAUGGCGACCAUUCGGCAGUCGCAGCAGAAGACGCAGAAAUCGUGGUAUGAAGAGAAAUAUCCAAAAUUCCCAAACUCCACGAGUCUACGCUCCAAAGGAGAAGCAACCAUCUGGUCCUCGAGUUCGUCCAAGCGAUCAUGAAAGUAUUCAAAAGAUGCUCGCCAAUCUUCCGCCGAAACGGGCAACUCGCAAAGUCCUGCAGGAAAGCGCUGCACGUUCACAGGGUCGACUGCGAAAAGUUCAGACAAAAGUCAGAUCCAACCUAGUCGAUAUCUCUUCAACUCGUCUAUCACGCAAUAAGGCAGUUUUACGUAACAAAUUAUUGAAAAAUGCAAAAUCCUUUCAACGAAAACGCUGUCGAAAUGACAAUAUUUCAGCAGCGAUUGAAACUGUCGUCAAUAGUCACAUUGACGAGAAGCAAUCAGAAGAAAAGAAUGGCAAUAAAAAUGUCCUAUCAGAAGAAACGAAUCAAAGUACGAGAAAAAUCGAAACCAACAAAACAGUGAAAAAUAUCAAAGUUCUCAGCAAGAAGAAAAACGUUAAAUCAAAAGAACCGAUAAUUCGACGUGUCCAAUUGCCAAAAGCUCGAGGAGUAAAGUCAAAGACGACUAUCGAGAAAGUUUCAAAAAUCGAUAGUCCCACCGAAACGCCUACUAGACGAUCUUCCAAGGACGAUGCUAAACUCGAAAAUACCGACGAAAAAAAUCCAACAUCCGAACUCGAAACAUCGACCAGAAGGAAAAAAAUAUUAAAUCCCGUCGCAUCUCUCAACGCCUCAAUUAAAGCAAAAGCCCAACUGAGAACCACCGAUGGAAAAUUCGCCCGAAGUCCCAUUAAAAUCCCCAAAAUAAUCUCAGACCCCGAGACAUUGCAAAAACGCGGUAAAAUUUCCAUCGCUCCCGGUCGUUUUCUCCGCUCCAAACUCAAAGUCGCCCAAAAUUUAAUGAAAGACGCAGUGAAAACUUCCCGCCGAACAAAUUCAAAAUUACCGGAUAAAUCGACAGGACAAAAGAAAGAAGAUUCCCCCCAAGAAUCAGAAAUUACAAAUGAACCAAAACACCGCACUUCGAGAAAUUCGUCACUAAAUCGAAAAGAAACAAAUAAAGUCACCGACACCGAUAAGGCAAAAGAAGAGGGAAAAGUCAAAAGACUGAAUAAUAAAUUGACGAAAAAAGCGAACGAAACGAAAGAGGAGAUUAACGAACAAGUGGAAAAUACAAUCAAGGAGGUGCGAGGACGACCUAGAAAGAGUCUUCCGGCAAAAAUUUCCGAAAGUAAAAAAAUUACUCUCAAUUUACGACGUCACAGCAACUCGGCAACUAAGACGCCAAAAGAAGACGAUACCAUUUCUCAUAACGAAGCAAAAGUCGAAACAGUUACUCCAGAGAGCAAAAAAUCAAAAGAAGACGACGCGACUCCUAAAAUAUCCCCAGCGAAGCAAAAAUCCCCGAAAGGCACACUAAAAACCCUGAAGAAGAAUAUAAAAUCAAAAGUCGUCUUUAACAAGAAGGGGAAAAAUCUCUCCAAGGAAGUGGGAAGAAUAAUGCGCAAAUCGCCCAGAACUGCCAAAAUUCAAAAAAUCCAAACUAAUCUCCCUGAGGAAAUUAUGAAAAAAGGAAUUGAAGAACAAAGUGGUGACAUUGAAAGUAAAACGGAACCGAGCGAAAGUAUAGAGAAAAAUAGCGAAGAAGAAGAAGUGACAAUUAAUAAAGAAGAUAAUGAACAAGAUAAUAGAGAUAAUAAAGAAGAUGGAAAGGAAGAUGAGAAAGAAGAGAAUAAAGAAGAUGAAAAUGAAGAGAAGAAACAAGACGAAAAUGAAGAGAAUAAAAAAAACGAAAAUGAAGAAAAUAAAGAAGAUAAUACAGAAGUUAAAGAAGUUAAAGAAGUCAAAGAAGUAAGAAAAGUUAAUAAAGAAGUUAAAAAAGUUAAUAAAGAAGUUAAUAAAGUUGAUAAAGAAGUUAAUAAAGAAGUUAAUAAAGAAGAUAAUAUAGAAGGUAAUGAAGAAAAUAAAGAAGAAAAUAAAAAAGAUAAUAAAAAGGUUAAUAGAAAAAAUAAAGAAAAUAAUAAACAAGAUAAUAAGGAAGAAAAUGAUAAAGAAGACAAUGGCAAAGGAGAUAACAGCAAAGAUAAUAGCAAAGAUAAUGGCGAAGAUAAUAGUGAAGAUAAUAACGAAAAUAAUAGCGAAAAUAAUAGCGAAGAUAAUAACAAAGAAGAAAAUAGCAAAAAAGAUAAAGAAAGAGAAGCUAAUAAUCUAGAAGAUGAGAUAGCAAAUAUAGAAAUAGACAAAGAACAACCAAAAGAAUCAGUUUCCAAAAUUCCGGAAAAUUCUGACAUGAUUAAUUUCAGUCUCGAUCACAUUCAUCAGGAAUCAUGUAAUUCGAAUAUGGACAGCGGCAAGGAAAAUUCCCUCGAGAUAUCUUUGAAUGUCGCUAAAUUAAAGGUGACACGUCAGAAGAAAACGAGAAAUUCCCGAAAAGAAAGAACGUCAAAGAGAUCGUUGAACAAUGUUAUCGGCAUAUUAACCGAAGGUGUGAAUAUUCCAAUCGAAGCCCAAGAAAGUGUCGUCCUAACACUACAGACUUCACUCGAAAUUAAUAAUGAAGCAUUUCCAAACAACGAUUCAACGCGCAGUGAAAAUUUCCCCAACGACAAACCAACAGAAUUGGGAAACAAUAUCGAAACAAGUGUUCCAAGUACUGUCGAACCAAAUAUUCCAAAUACUCCCACUACGACUUCUCUAGAAUUAAGUGCACCGGAAGUAAAGCCGAAGGAAUCGGAAGUGGAACAAAACGAGUCGAAAGUGGAUCGAAACGAAACGGAAGGAAAACUGAACGAAAAAGAAAACCCACAAAAAGUUGACGAAUCAAAUCCAACAACAGACAUUAUUCUCGAUCUCUCGAGACGAAAAACAAAAGGCAAAGGUUCCUUUUUAGAAAGAAUCGUCUCUAAAAUUGCCAAAAAGAAAGACGUCUCACUGGAUAGCGAUGCUGGUUUUUCCCUGGGAAGCAUAAAUUCCGAAAGUGUUCCAAUCCCACUUCCGGAAAUUAUUGCCAAACCAACCGAUGUACAACCAUCAACGUCGGUUACUGAAUCCCGAGAAAGUGAAAUAGAAAAUGAAAAUAAUUCCACCAAGCCGAAAAUAGACAAAGAAGAAGAGAAAAAAGAAACUGACAGCAAGGAAGAAAAAACGCCAAGAAAAUCAAAAAAGCGUUCCCUAGAGGUGAAUUCACCGAAGAAAAAUAAGCGCAAAAUAACAACUCAAGUUCCAGAAGAAAUUCAAAUCGAAAAAGAACUCAGUUUCGGUGAUAUUAUGUCCCUAGUUCAUAAAUCCGAAGUUCCUGCCGAAGACAUUCCCGACGAGCCGCUAAUUAUCGCCGAAGAGAAAAUAAUCGAUUGUGACAAACAAACCGAAAUCAAUACCGAAUCGAACGACGACAAUUCAAAACAAAACAAAGAAUCCCCAAAGAAAUCAAAACGAAAACUAAAUUCGGAAGUUCAAGACGAAACGAAUGACGAUUCUUCUGAAGCGAAAAAGACCGAAACGCAAAAAACACGCAAAUCAUUACGAAAAUCACAAAAGAAUGACGAAGAUCCAAAGGAAGAUUCAAAUCAACAAAACGAAGAAAAAGAAAAAGAAGAAUCUAAAGACAAUACGAAUUUAUCACCAAACUCGAGUAUUUUAGAGUCAAAACAGGAAAUACAAUUCUCAGAGGAAAGUGACGGAGAAAAUUCCCGAAAACAACCGAAUAAGGAAAGUGACAAAGAUAUUUCUGAUUCGGAAAUGUUCAAGGUACCAAAUACUUUCACUGGUAAACGAUCAUCAAAACGCAAAUCACAAACAAGUGAAAAUUUGCCAAACACUGAGGAAUUAUCCGAAGAUUCAAGUAACAGUGAAUCGUUUACUGAAGAGUCAACCAGAACGAGGCGAAAAUAUUCCAAACGUAAACAAUCUGUGGAAAAUCGUUCAGAAUCAGAAGACGAUUUCUCCAGCGAUUCGUCGCCAACCAAGGAAAAUUUAUCCGAAGAGACACAUAUUGGAAAACGUCAAAAAUUAGGACGAAAGGCAAAACAAAACAUUUCCCUACUCGACGAACAUAUUCUUCUACCCGACGACGAAACAAUAAAUGAAGAAGAUGAGGAAUUAUCCGUCGAUAAAGAAAGGAAACGAGGAAGAAAACCGAAAAAUCCACAGACACAAACUGGGGAAAAUUUAAAUAUAACAAACACAACGGAAACUAUAAUUUCCGAAAGUGUUUCAGUGGAGAAAAAGCGACCCGGUCGUAAGCCUAAAAAACUUACUCCCCCCAACGAAAGUAUUUCACCGGAAAAAGUGACCGAAGAAAUUGAUAAUCAGAAAGAGCUUUCGUCUUCCGAUGAAAAGAAUCAAGAAACUUCGGAUUUGUCCGAAUCGCCUAAAAUUCCCGAAAGAAAACGUGGUCGAAAGCCUAAGAAAUCCACCACCGUUGAUGAAACUCCCCUUCAGGUGAAUGAAGAAACUCCAAUGCAGAUUGAAGAGAACACGGAAGAAACUGAAAUCGAAAAAGUCGAAGAAAAAAAGAAACCCGGAAGAAAGUCGAAAAAGAAUUCGGAUAAUCCCGAGGAGGUGAAAAUUAACGAAGAGGUAUUGAUCACACCGGAAGAAAAAUCAGAUUUAGAGUCAAAAGAUAAACUAACGAAAACUGAUGACCCCGAACUCGAAAUAAAUUUUUCACUUCCUGUAAAAUCUUUCGAAACUAAUCAAUCAGAAAAGAAACGACCAGGAAGAAAACCGAAGAAAAUUGUCCAGGAAGAUGAAAAUCCAUCGCAGCGUCUUCAAGAACAAGAGGCAGAUAAAAUUCCCAGUGAACAAUUAAACACGGACGAAAGUAAAUUAGAAAAGAAACGACCAGGAAGAAAAUCGAAAAAGAAUAUUUCCCUCGCCGAAGACGAUCUCUUUCCCCCGCACGAUGAAUCCUUCGAAAUGGAAAACGAUAAACAAACAGAGGAUAAAUCACUGGACGUAUCGACAAAAUCAACAGAAAAGAAACGACCUGGAAGAAAACCUAAACAGAAAAUCGCAGAACCUCCAGAAAAUACCGAUGAACCCACAGAAAAAACAAAUGAAUUUACAGAAAAGGAUAAUUUGAACAUGAAACGUUUCAAACGUUGGGAAAGAACUCAUUUCUUGAAUUUGUUUCCAUGCAAUAAACAAGAAGAUCCAAUUGAUUCAGUGUUUCUAAGGGAUACAUUGAUGAAGGAUGAUUCAUGGACUCCCGAAAAUAUCGAAACUAUUUCUGAUUCUCCAUUAGAAAGAAAACAUCCCGGAAGAAAAUCGAAAAAGAAUAUUUCCCUCGCCGAAGACGAUCUCUUUCACCCGCACGUUGAAUCCUUCGAAAUGGAAAACGAUAAGCAAACAGAGGAUAAAUCACUGGACGUAUCGACAAAAUCAACAGAAAAGAAACGACCUGGAAGAAAACCUAAACAGAAAAUCGCAGAACCUCCAGAAAAUACCGAUGAACCCACAGAAAAAACAAAUGAAUUUACCGAAAAGGAUAAUUUGAACUUUAAUUCCGACAUGAACCCUAUCAAACGUUGGGAAAGAACUCAUUUAUUGAAUUUGUUUCCAUGCAAUAAACAAGAUGAUCCACUUGAUUCAGUGCUUCUAAGGGAUUCAUUGAUGAAGGAUGAUUCAUGGACUCCCGAAAAUAUCGAAACUAUUUCCAAUUCUCCAUUAGAAAGAAAACAUCCCGGAAGAAAAGCGAAAAAGAAUAUUUCCCUAAUUGAUGAGCAUCUCGAUCUUCCAGACGAUCCGCCUUUGGAAAUUUCAGAACUGAAUUCAUCAAAUCAAAAUUUAACGAUAAUAAAUACAGAUUCAACAAAACUAGAGACAGAUUCAUCGAAAGUAAAUAUAGAUUCGACAAAAAUAAAUUUAGAUUCGACAAAAAUAAAUUUAGAUUCAAAUGUAGAUUCGACAAAAAUAAAUACUGAUUCAACAGAAAUAAAUACGGAUUCGACAAACAAAAUUCAAGACAAAGUCGAAUUACAAACUUUGGAAAUUGUUUCCCCCGAAAGAAAGCGACCGGGAAGGAAGUCUAAAAAAAUAAUUACCGAGCAAAAAGAUGUUGAGGAAAAUAAUACGAGUUUAGCCGCUAUCGAAAAAGUACCAGAAUUAAAUGAAAAUCCUUCAGUUCUGGUGCCUGAUAAUAAUGUCGAAAGUGAAGAAAAGGAAAAGAAGAGACCAGGAAGAAAAUCUAAGAAGACUUCAUUACUUGAUAAUUCUUCUUUGUCUAUUGAUAAACAAACCGUUGAACAAGAAAAUAAACCGGAAAAUAUAGUCGAAAUUACUGCUCCACAAAACGAAUCGAUGGAGAGAAGACGUCCUGGGCGUAAAUCCAAAAAGUACACUUCCCUCUGUGAGGAACAUCUCGCUCUUCCUGAUGAUGAUAUUGAUCUUCCAGAAAUUACCAAAAGGGAAAAUACUCUCAAGAAAGAAAAAGCGAAAGAAAAGGAGAAGGAAAAAGAAAAAGAGAAAGAAAAGGAAAAGGAAAAGGAGAAAGAAGUAGAGAAAGAGAAAGAAAAGAUAAAAGAAAAGGAGAAAGAAAAAGAAAAAGGGGAAGAAAAAGUAAAAGGUGUAGAAAAAGAGAAAGAAAACGGGGUAGAAAAAGAAAUACCAGGAAUAGAAGAGAGAAGUAAAGAAGAAACAGAAACUAAUCAGUUAAUUUCAGAAAUUUCUCCUCAACCAGUGGAUAGAAAACGUCCUGGAAGAAAAGCGAAAAAGAAUAUUUCCCUAAUCGACGAACAUCUUGAUCUACCAGACGACGAUCCUAUCUCCAAAGAAGAUAAUUCAACAACAGAUUCUAUCAAAGUCUUCACAAACGAUAUUCCCGAAGAGAUUACAAACGAAUCUAAAUCAUCUUCAGACAAAAAACGAAACGCAUCACAGGACAGAAAACAAAAAGCACCAAAGAAAAAAUCCACCAUUGCAUCUCUAUUUCCAGAACAACAUUCCGAAUUAAUUAAUCAAACCGAAGAUCUCAAGGAACAAAAGGAAAAUAAAAAGGAAAAAAUUAACAGCAAACUGGAAGAUAUUUCCUCAACAUUAGACAACAUUAGUUCUAUUCUAGAAAACGAAGUCUGUCAAAAAACAACACUAAUAAACCAAAUUUUACCAUUUUCCUCCCAACAAUCUGAUUUGCCAAUAGAAGAAAAAUUGCCAGAAAAAAAUUCAUUAGAAUUAUCGAAUUGUAACGAUCAGGAAACAUCGUCUCUUGAUUCUGCUUUGAAUCCAGAUCCACAGGAGACAAAAGAAGAUGACGAUUUCCAAACACCGAAAAAACGUCCUAUUGGAAAUUUCGCUGUGGUCCAUACGAAAACUGGUGAAAUUCUAAUUGUCGAGAAAAAGAAGAAAUUAACAAAAGAAGCCGCUAAAUUUUUCUGCGAUAUUUGCACGACAAGUUUCACUAGACGAAGUUCAUUGAAAAAACACAAUCUCUCCCAGUCGCAUCUUAUCCAAAUUCAACAUUCAACAUCCGAUCGAGAUGAAAUUCAAACUCACCGCGACGAGGAGGAGAAGAGUAAUUUUGAAAAAUUGGAAAAAAUCACUAUUCCAAAUGAAAAUCCCGCUGACAAUUUAGACGUUUUGAAUCAACUCCUCGAUCAGCAUUUCAAACAAAAUGAUUCAAUUCCCAGGGAGAAAUUACCAAUUCCAAUGAUAAUUCCUCCCUUUGUUGAGAAAGCAUUGCCAGUCGAGGCGGAACAGGAGAAUAUGGAUGACGAUUUACUCGACGAGGAGAUUUGCAAAAUUACCGAAAACAUGACGCACGAUGAAUAUGUUUUGACCGAUCACAUCAGUCCCGUAUUCCCCGAGGCAGCUUCUACACCGAUUAAAAAUUUAGAAUCUAAAUUAGAAUCUAAAUUCGAAUCUAAAUUAGAAACUAAAUUUGAAUCUAAAUUAGAAUCUAAAGUUGAAUCAAAUGAGACGAAAAAUAAAAAGACCAAAAAGGAAAAGUUGAAGCAGAAAAAGAGAAAUUUGGCAGAGGAGCAUUUGGAUCUCGAUACCCCCGAGCCUGAGUCUCAAAGUUCUGAUAAAUUCUCAAUCAACGAAUAUUCCAAUCAACUUUCUGACAUCACACCCGAAAUUUCCAAGGAUUCCCAAGAAGUUAUCGAGAAAUUAGAAAAUCCAGUCACUCCAAAGAGAAAAAAUCGAAAGGAAACUACUCAAACCGAAACGAUCGAUACCGAAAUUUGUCAAAUUUCUCCAAAACGUUCUUCCCUGAGAUCUAAACAUCAAGAAAAGAAGGAAGAAAUCUCCCGACCAAAGAGAAAUCAAAGCAAACAAAAUUACAAAGAAUACGAAAACGACGAUUUCGAUCAAGAAACUUUAGAAAUUGAACUCCCAAGACGUGAAAAUUCGAGAUCGAGAAAAAACACCUCUAAUCGCGAUUCAUCCAAAUCGAAGAAAAAUCAAGAAAAGGAUAAUCAAGUAAAUGAAAAUCCUCCCCCAGAAAUUCUAAACAUAAGAGAAGAUAUAGAAAAUGAUUUAAAAUUACAAAAUUCGUUACUCUCGAACAAUUCCGAUUUACAAUUAAAUUCACAAGAAUCAAAGACAAUUUUUGACGAAGACAAGAAUUCGAAAUUAAACUUUUUGAAUAUCACCGAAACACUCAAAGUACAAAGUGGUGACAUUCAAAAUUGCAAUACAAAUAAUUCGAUAAACACUGAAUUCGACAGUGACGAUAAUUCCCUAAAUACCGACAUGUCCGUUGAUAUACAAAAAUUACUCGACGAUCCCGAAUUGAGCGUUGACAAUAAUAGUCUCCAACCAAAUUUACAAACCGUCUUCAAUAGCGAAGUGCUGAAAAAAUCCAUCGAACGCGAUUCAAUCGAAACUCUAAAUUCCCUUGAAUCUGAAGCAGAAAACUUAUCAGCAUCGUUUACAAGAAAUGACAAUGAAAUUGAAUCAAACGAGAUUGAAAUCGAGCCAGAAAAUGAAAAAAUCGACACUGGAACUGAAAACGAAAUUGAAACCGAAGAAAAUGAAAUCGAAAGGAGGGAAAAUGAAAUCGAAACAACAGAAGAGAAUAAAAUCGAAACUAGAGAAAAUGAAAUCGAAGAAGAAUUCAAAAUAGAAGAAAGAAAUAAAGAAUUCAAAAUAGAUGAAGAAAGAAAUGAAUCCAAAAUAGAGGAAGAACAAGAAUCCCAAGAGGAAAAGGAGUCGCAAAAAAUUAAAAGCACUGGAAAGAUACAAAAGGGAAAAUCAAAGCAAAAGAAAGGAGUCAAGAAUAAAAAAUCAAAUCUAAAUCCCACUGAAUUUAGCGAUAAUGAAGAACCACCUCUAGAGUCGCAAAGUAAAAACAAAAUCGUUCGCAGUGUAUUUGGCCGAGUAUUCGCAGGCGAAAAAGUCGAUAAAGUGCGAGAAGUCCUUGACGAUUGGAACUCAAAGUCAGAAAGUUCCGACAAUGAUCUCAAUAAAUCCAAAGAUUCCGCAUCAUCAAGAUCAAGAAGAGAUUCAAAGCAAAAGAAAGAUUCCAAAAAGAAUACAAAACGUUCUCGAAAUUCCUCAACCAGCGGAAAAUCACAAUCCCAAAAGAGAAAAAAUGAAUUCCAAACUGAAGAUUCGUCGAAAAAACCCAGCACAUCGAGAAAUUCUUCCCAAACACGAUCAGUUGAUCAACUAAAGACAAAUAGAAUUGAAUCUUCUCUGGGAACGUCGGAAUUAUUAAUCACAAGUUCAAGAUGCCGACAGAGUAAAAAGAAAGCCGAAGAACGUAUUUCGACAAUUUCCCGAGCAUUCGAUGAUGAUUCAUCAAUUCCCGACGAUGAUUUCGGCGAAAAAGUUUCAAAACUAAAAGAAGAAUUAAAAAAUAAAAUGGAAAAUAUUCAACCAGAGUAUGACAAAGAAGAAGAAAUAUCCGAAAAGAAUAAAGAAUAUGCAAACAAACUUGAAAAUUUUGAUAUAAGAAGCGAAACAAGUCAAAAAAUAGAUGAAUUACCAUCGAUACCGUUGAGUCCAAGAAGUCCCUCGACAGUUUCUCAAUUAACCCGAAAUUCCGAUCGUAAUGUCGAUGACGAUGACGAUGAUGACAAUGACGAACUCGAGGAUUGUCUCCUACGUAGGCGAAUGUCACCCUACUUCGACUACAACAAUUCCUACACAUCUUUGGGAAGCAGUACAAACAACACUGAAAAUAAUUCAACUGACAAUGAUGGAAAAUACGUGAAUGAGGAAAAAAAUCCCCUCCGUCGGAAAAGUUGUUCCAGUGAAUUUUCCGGCGAGAAAAUAGUAAUUCGUUCACCGCUCGCCUUACAUGAGAAUAGAGCUGAAGUUGUCACAAUAGCACCCACCGAUGCAAUCGAAGACAAUGCACUUGACGUUCCACAGGAAAUUAUCUCAGCCAAUGCCGCAGCCGCCGCUGUGUCUUCUUCAAUGUCCCAAAAUAAAUCCCGUCAGGGUAAAGUUUUGAAUUUCGAUGAAGAACUAUUUGUCGAAUGUUGCUCAAGACUUAAGGCAACAACCGAGAAGGAACUGCGUGGCGCCAAGAAAAUAAAACUCGAUCAUUCCGAAAUGUAUCGCAAGGAACUGCCGGUGCAAUUUUUCGGACCCAGCAAGGAUCGUUGGCGAGACGCUGAGAGUCAGAAUAGUCUAGGCAGCCUCCUCGAAUCUGUCAAUCAGUUAUUGGGCGAGGAAAUGUACGGCAACAAUGAUAAGGAUAAUCGUGCUUUGGACAAACAAAGUGAACGUUCAAGUCGAUCGGCGAGUCCGGAUGAAUCGCGACCUGACAAUCUUGGCUAUGAGGACAGUCUAGACGUUGCUUUUGAGCACAACAAUAAACUUCGGGAUAAAAUACAGCAACGCAUGAGAGAAAGUGAAAAUCUCAUCUCAAAUGCAUUCGGUCAAAGGAGUGACCACAGUGGAGAUUAUCAAUUAAAUCAUUUCAUUGAAAGAGAAAAUCGCGACGAAACUGAACACAUUUACGGACGUUUGCAAAAUCAAUUCAAUUCACCAAAUACAUCGAAUGGAAUUUACAGUACCGGUCACAAUAAAAGUCAAAAUCUUCACCAUGGCGGUCUUCUGGACAAAGCUCUCUCGAAUUUAUUACACAACAACGACAAACACGACCACAAUGGAUCGACUCCGAUGACAGUUUUGGCAGAGCUCGCCUGCGCUCGUGCUCCAACAUCAACAGACUCCACGAAGUUCCGCAAAGAGGAAUCAGAAAAGAAGGAAUUGACAAUUUUUAAAGAAUCGACAAUCAAGAAAACUAAAAAUCCAAUUAAGGAAUUGUUCGAAAGAAAGAAGGAACUUUACGAGAGGAAACAAAUUGAAAAGGCAAAAAUUGACGUAAUCACCAAGACAAACAUACAAAAGGGAAGAAAAUCCAAGAAAUCGAAAAAACGCCAAGAAUUCCCCCUAAUUAGAAGCGAUCAAUACGAUGGUUUAGCGGAAAAGAAGAAAAGACGCGACAUAUUCGAAAAGAAGGACGACAUGAAUUCAUCAAAAACAAAAGACAUUUACGAUUUUGAAGACGAGGAAAGUCAAAUUGAAUCCGGUUUUAGUUCAGUUCUCUCCUACCGAACGAAAACAGAAACAAAUUUCAAAGAUUUAAUAACAAAAGCAUCUCACAAUUUGGAAAAUUCUUUCGGUAAACGUUUGGAAAUUGAGAAUAAAUUUAAGAACAGCGAAAAAUUCGCACCUAAAACAAAAGGCGCACUGAAAGCAUUUCAGAGUGAAGAUAAAGUCACCGGUCCAAUGGACGAUUUUGUCGAGAGGAAGAAAAUUUCCAAACGAACUGAAAUUAAACACUCGAAGCAAAAGAAGAAAAAUAAAAAUACAAAACGUAAAUCAAGAAACGCUUGGUAUGAGAACGAUAGUUCUGAUGAAUUUAUAACAGCCGCAAAAACCGAAGACGUUGGAGUCGGAAUUUCCAAAAGUCAACGCACUUGCUCGAAAGGCAAGCAAAAUCUCUUCGCCGAAUUGUCAACAUCAUCCGAAAGCGAAUCAAUUUACGAAGAUAUGGAACAAAUUCAAGAAAAAUUCUCAACGAACGAAAAUUCAGAAAUUACGAAAGAAAAUCAAGAAAAAUCAUUGCCGAAUACUGAAAAUGAAACUUAUAAUAAUUGGGACGAGAUGGAGAAAAAUAAUUUGGAAUCGUCAAUUUCCGAAACUGAUUCUGAAUCAGAGUCGGAAUUAAUUAUCGAUCUCAAGAAGGACAGCGAGGAGAAUAAAGAUCCCGAGGACGCUUCCGAUUAUGAUGAGGAAAAUAAUUACGAGGAUGAUAAUUGUGACAACGGUGACAAUUAUCGUGAAAAUGAUGAUAAUUAUCGUACGAAUGGCGACAAUUAUCGUGACAAUCCCGAUGAUGAUGAAGAAGAUGAUGAAAAUCCCGACGAAAAUAUUAACAAAGAACAAUCAAUCGAAACGAAAAAUGACUCGAAAAAAGAAUGGAUUCCCCUCGAAGAGGCUCUCAAUCUUCUCGAGAAAAAUGACAAUCUCGAGAGUGUGACAAAGGAAAUGAAAAUAUUCGCCAAAGCCUCACGUACAAAAGCAAAGAGAACCGAUAGCGAGAGUUCAAUUAAAUUCAAUAAGGAAUCAAAAGAAAAUCACAGUCCCGACGAAUCGGAACUUCAAGACGACGAUUUACCAGUUUUACCCGAAAAACUCCCAACCAACGAGAAACCACAGAAAGAACCGGAAAAUCUACCCCUCCACGUAUUUCUCAGUCGUAAAGUUCAAGAGUCAAAGAAACGCAAACAAUUGCAGCGUAAAAAUAAAAAAUUACAACAAACAAAUUCGUCAAUAAAUUUCGAACCAAUAAGACGUCAACGUAAAUGUGCCAUCGGUAAGCAAGGCCUCCUCGCCGAAAUAAGCAGUUCUGACGAUGAGGACUUUACAAAAAUUUCCCAUCGUCGCAGUAAGGAGAAAUCCGACACCAUCGAAAGAUCCCGAAAAAAGAAGGAAUCAAAAGAAAAGAGAAAGGAACGUUACAUUGAAAAGAAGCACGAGCAAAUGAUUGCUAAGGAACAAAAGGCAAUCGAGGAGGAAAUAUUACGGGAAUUGGGGAAAAAUAAGGGUGAACAAGAAAUGAAGAAUGACAAUGAAGUCAAAAAAGGCGAAAAAGAAAAAGAAAAACAAGAAGAAGAAGGAGAAGAAGAUGAAAGAGAAGAAGAAAGUGAAAACGAAAAGUCGCGUAAAAAGCAAAGACUCAAACAAAUCGAAAGCGAAAUCGAUUCUGAAUCAGAAUCAAAGGAGAGAAAUAAGGCGAAAGUUAAUCAAAAGAAAAAGAAUGUGAAGAAGAGUAAAAUUGAAAAGCCGAAAAGUAGACGUAAUUCAAUAUCCAGUGGUACUACAAAGGAACGUAGAUUAUCGAACAGUAAACGUGAUUCCGGCGAUGAUGAACUAAGAACAACAAAAUCGUGGAAUAAAGUCGACGAUAUUGGUGUUGCCAUCGGUAGACGUAAACGUGCAGCAGCCAAUCAACUCUACUAUUGGUCGAGUUCAAGCGAUGAGGAUGAAUUAAUCGAAACAGCUCCUGCAGCAGAAGAAGAAGACGAUAGAUUAGAGCAACACGGUUGGAUUGUUGGUGAUUCGCAUAAAAAAAUGAUCACCAUGCUCGCAAUGGAGAAGCAAUUAAAGGAGAAACGAAGAAGAAGCGAGGAUGAAUUUGAUUCCGGCAAGGGAAAAAGCAAAAAGCACAGGAACAGUACAUCUUGAUACGUAUUUCACGAUUAGAUUUCUCGAAAUUUUUCCAAUUUAUUCUCCACUUAAAAAAAAAAAAUUUAGUUUCAAUUUUUUAUUAUUAAAAAAAAUUUUAGUUUCAAUUUUUUAUUAUUAGAAAAAAUGUAGUUUCAAUUUUUUCACCUUUUGGUUUAUUGUAAAAGACGCCUUCUCUAGGUGUUUUUCAAAUUAAAAAAUUGAGAAUAUUAAAAAAUUUAUAGAUGUUAAGAAAAAAAAAAAUUUACUGCCACUUACAUUUUUUUUCUCCUGUCAAAAUUAGAAUAAUCUUUUCAAAUUUCUCAGCGCAAUGUUUGUAAGUAAAGAGGAAAAAAAAAUGUAAAUAAUUCAUUUUACGCAAUCCCCUUCGAAUAUAAUCGAUAGUUGGUAUAAAAAUGCGGUAAUAUUAGACUGAAUAAAAAAAAAUCUUGUAAACGGAAGAAAGAUCACGCAAAGGGCAGUUUUAGGACAAUACUAGUACAUUUUUUUGAAAGAAUAAAUUUUAGUUUAUAGUUAAUUUAUAGGGAAAAAAAAAUUCUUGCAAGAGUUAAAUAAUUAUAUUUUAAGGGAUAAAUUUAUACAAAGAUCACUUCCAAUGGACAUUUUUUUGUAAAUAGGGGUCCAAUUCAGAAAAACGCUUUCGCUUUUUGUGAUUCAUAAUAUAUACAACAUAUCUUCGCGCAGGAUAGAAAAUAUUUCAAUUGUUUGAAAUAUUACAAAAAGAAUUUAAUUUUUUUCUGUUUACUUUUUUUGGUGCAAAAAAAACACGGCAUACAAUAUUUUUGUUUGUUGUGUUUGUGACGAUCUCAUAUGUGUCACGAUUAUUAAAAAUGCCCGAUGCAUAUAUUAUAAAAAUAAGCUUGUUAAUUGCGAAAAAUCGUGUUUUUUUUUUUGUCAAGCCUAUAUAGUUAUGGGUGCACACAUAAUAGCCGAGUACCUUCACAAAAAAAAUAAAAAAAAAAUUUGCAUAUUGAAUAAAUAUUAUAUAUUAUAAACGUUAUAUGUAUAACAUAACGAUUAAUUGAUAACAUAGAAUUUAUUGUAAAUGUACUGCCAUAAUCAUAUUAUCAGAAUGAAAGCCUAUUAAAUAGUUAUUAUUAUUUCUGUAAAGACGAAAGUGUUUAGCACAAAAGUAGAAAUAUCCAGUGUAAAUAGAACAUAUUUUCAAUGUGUCUGGAAAAGUAUGUUUUGUAAUAUAAGCAUUGCGAAAGAAAAAUAAAAUUAAUAAUUAAGAAAAAAUA